AUGUCCAAGGUCAAAGAAAUCGACGAGAAGCAGCAGCCAGGCUACGUGCUAGGCACGGAAGUCGACGAGACAAGCUCCUUCGACACAAUCACAGCCCUCGUGGCGGAAGAUCACGAACAUGAAAUCAAGCUGCGAACCAUGUCCUGGCAGAAGACCGCCGUUUUGUUGGCAGGCGACCAGGUCUGCUUGGCGAUCAUGGCACAAUCCUGGUCUCUCUCAGUCCUCGGAUGGGUUCCCGGUAUCAUCACCAUGGUCCUCGCCGGUGUGUUGUUCUGGAUCACUUCUAUCACCAUGCACAAGUAUAUCAUGAAACAUCCGCAAAUCAAGGACAUCUGCGAUUUUGGAUACUACGUGUUUGGCCAGAGCAAAGGGGCUUAUGUCUUCUCGGCUUUCAUGCUUCUUGCCAACAAUAUUCUUCUGAUCGGCUUCCACGUUCUCACGGGAGCUAAGGUACUGAAUACCCUGUCGGGUCACACGCUAUGCACAGCUGUCUUCUCCGUCAUCGCGACUAUCAUGGGCAUUGUCAUGUCCGCGCCGCGUACCCUCCAUCAUGUUAGCUUCAUGUCAAUGUUUUCUUCUGCAUGCAUGGGCAUUGCAAUCCUUCUUUUCCUUAUCUUUGCUGGUAUUGAGAAUGCUCCGCUGUACGGGUACAAUGGCGACUAUCCCACCGACGGUCCCGUCAAGACCUACGCCUUCCCACUCCCCGGCACGACCUGGGUCGCCUGCAUGAACGCCGUGCUCAACAUCACCUUCCUCUGGGUCCCGCAAAUCCUGUUCCCAACCUUCAUCGCCGAAAUGGAGCGCCCGCAGGACUUCCCUAAAGCCCUCGCCGUUCUCGCAGGUAUCUCUGCCUUCCUGUUCAUCGUGCCCCCAGCCAUCGGCUUCCACUAUCUGGGACAGUACGCCACAGCGCCUGCCUUUGGCAGUCUGGGCGUGGUCGCGUACAAAAAGGCCUCAUUCGGAUUUGUCAUCGUGCCUACGCUCAUCAUCGGCGUGAUCUACGCCAAUGUCACGGGUAAAUUCAUCUAUAACCAAGUUCUGGGUAAAUCCAGACAUGCCCACAGCAAUACCGUCAUUGGCUGGGGUGUCUGGGGCUUGAUUAUGAUCGGUGUUUGGUUGCUUGCAUUCGUCUUCUCCGAGGUCGUCCCUAGCAUGGGUGAUUUCCUCUCGCUGCUUAGCGGGGCCUUCGAUUCUUUCUUUGGUUUCAUUUUCUUCGCUGUCGCUUAUUGGCAGCUUAACCGGGGACAAUUGUUCGCUGGUUUGGCAAGGACGACUAUGACGCUUGUCAAUGUCUUUAUCAUGAUCGUUGGGCUGUUUAUUCUGGGGCCAGGCUUGUAUGCCGCCGUUGAGGCUAUUAUUGCCGAUUAUUCAGGGGCUACAACGCCUGCGUUUACAUGUGCUAAUAUGGCUAUUUAA